AUAUGAGCGGGCUAUUACCACCCCCAGCGUAGACAGUAUGAAAUAGUCUAAGCUUUUGGCGGUGAUGGGAUAAACAGCUAACAAGGCAGAAGAUUACAGACCAUUGUAUUGUUGUCUCCGCUUUCGUACUCCUCAGGCACAUUUAGAAGAAAGGACAUAGACAAAAUGAAGAUUUCCCACCCAUUAAGAAAGCCCCUUCCUCUUAAUGCCUCAGUGUAAAGUGGAUUAUGUAAACCGGAUGACAAACUAGUACAAAAGGACCCCAUGGUGUAAACGAUAGUGAUUGAUUUGUAGACAUCAGUUUUGUGCUCUCUGACUUUGGAAGUUUCCCCUGGUGGCACAGAGGAACAUAGAGACCGCGCCAGACCAACGCGAGCAGACCAAGCCCCUGUAGAGGCGGCACCAGACCAAGCCCUACUCCGCGGCCCUAUAGAGGGCCAUGCCCAACCUGCUCAAUGCUGAUGCAUCCUUCAGCUCCAAACAGGAGCUUCUGGACCUCCACGAUGGCCCCAUUGGCCCGGUGCUGGACACGCCGAGCCCGGUGGAGUCACAGGCGGACAGCCCCUCGGCCUCCAGCCUCGGCAGCCCGGUGGGAGACGACCUCCAGAUGUGCGCCGGGGACGGGUUGGCGGACGCGGCACAGGGGUUGAAGUUCGUCCCCUCGGACGCAGAGAACCUGUGCGGCUGGGGAGGACUGACCCCGCGGUCCAUCCAGACGUUCAACACGCCACGCUGGGUGCUCUUCUUCCUGUGCGUGGCCUCCUUCCUGCAGGGCAUGAUCAUCAACGGCUUCAUCAACACCGUCAUCACCUCCAUCGAGCGCCGCUUUGACCUGCGCAGCUAUCAGGCGGGUCUCAUCGCCAGCUCCUAUGACAUUGCUGCCUGCGUGUGCCUUGCCUUCGUCAGCUACUUUGGGGGCACGGGGCACAAGCCGCGCUGGCUGGGUUGGGGCGUGCUAGUCAUGGCGCUGGGCUCGCUGGUGUUCGCGCUGCCCCACUUCACCACGCCGCCGUACCAGGUCAGCGUGCCCGAGCGGACGGGCCUCUGCUCCAGCAACGUGACGGACACUUGCCAAGACAGCGCGGGCAGCGGCCUCUCGGCGUACCGCUACGUCUUCAUGCUCGGCCAGUUCCUGCACGGCGUGGGCGCCACCCCGCUCUACACUCUGGGAGUCACCUACCUGGACGAGAACGUCAAGUCCAGCUACGCACCAGUCUACAUAGGGAUCUUUUACACGGCAGCCAUUGUUGGACCGGCAGCUGGUUACCUGCUGGGAGGAUUCUUCCUCAACAUCUACACAGAGACGGAUCAAACAACCGAGCUGACCCCUGAGAACCCUCUGUGGGUGGGGGCGUGGUGGGUCGGGUUCCUGGCUGGGGGGGCAGCGGCACUGGUCAUUGCCCUACCGAUCCUCGGCUACCCUCGACAACUCCCAGGCUCCCAGCGUUAUGUGGCCAUGCGUGUGUCCGAAGCACACCAGCUGAAAGAUGGCAGCCAAGCCAGAGCUGCUGACCCUCAGUUUGGGAAGACAGUGAAGGACAUGCCCAGGUCUGUUCUUCUCCUUCUGAAGAACUCCACCUUCAUUUUCUUGUGUCUAGCGGGGGCUACCGAGGCCACUCUCAUAGCCGGCAUGUCCACCUUUGGACCCAAGUUCCUGGAGUCCCAGUUCAACUUGAGUGCGUCGGAGGCAGCCACCUGGUUUGGGUACAUGGUGGUACCAGCAGGGGGCGGCGGCACGUUUCUGGGCGGCUACAUCGUGAAGAAGCUGAACCUGCGCUGCCGGGGCAUUGUGCGCUUCUGCAUGUUGUGUGCGGUCAUCAGCCUCAUGGCCAUCUUCAUCUUCCUCGUCCACUGCCCCAACAUGCCCAUGGCAGGCGUGACUGCCCCCUACCGCCCCAGCCCGCUACUACACCAACACCAGGACGUGUACCUGGACCAGUAUGAGAGCGAGAGCAAUUACAACAGUACUCUGGAGGGAAAUCUGACGGUGAGCUGUAACGCCGGGUGCCACUGUGUGACGGAGCUCUACAACCCUGUGUGUGGAGCAGACGGAGUCAUGUAUUACUCUCCCUGCCACGCCGGCUGCCACUCCAUCAACCACACACACACACACAACGGCAGACAGGUGUUCUCGGGGUGUGGCUGUGUGGUGGGGAACGUGACGUGGGGUCAGGAGGGGUUGGCGGUAGCCGGGAAAUGCUCCUCCUCCUGCCACCACAUGCCAACCUUCCUCACCUUCCUCUUCAUCGUCAUCCUCUUCACCUUCCUCUGCAGCAUCCCCGCCCUGACCGCCACCCUCAGGUGCGUCCCAGACAGCCAGCGGUCGUUUGGCCUCGGGAUCCAGUGGAUCGUGGUACGGACUCUGGGUGGCAUCCCGGGUCCGAUUGCAUUUGGCUCUGUGAUCGACAUCUCGUGCCUGCUGUGGCAGGACCAGUGCGGGGAACAGGGUUCCUGCUACCUGUACCAGAACUCGGCCAUGAGCCGCUACACGCUCAUCGCUGGGAUCAUAUACAAGGUGUUGGGGAUGCUGUUCUUCCUGCUGGCGAGCGUCCUGUACCAGCCCCCGCCGGAGUCUCCACAGAGCAGCUGUGAGAGCACUGACCACGACCUGGGGGACCUGCCCACUAAGGACCUGCCGCAGGAGGUCAUCACCAACGUCCACGCCAGGCUAUGAUGAUGUCAUACUCACAACCGAGACCUCACUGUGUGUGUGUGUGUGUGUGUGUGUGUGUGUGUGUUUUAUGUCAACAGCCCUCACCAAACCAAAACACUGCACCCUUUCCGUGUGAAGCACACAUUGGGUGGUCAGUCCAGUCCACUGCAUAUGAGGUCCUCUUGUGACACGUCUGUACGCACACUCCCUCAUUCCGCUGCUGCUGUCCUCCACCCAAGCUAGCUGUUAAAUAUCAACCCUACACUUUCCUCCAGCCUGCAGUAUCGUCCCAAUCAAGUGUGUGUGUGUGUGUGUGUGUGUGUGUGUGUGUGUGUGUGUGUGUGUGUAAGGUUCACACAAGGACAAGAGACAUGUUGAAGAUGAGAAAGGAAGACUGGUAAGUGAAGGUCACUUGUUGCAUAUUUGAGAUCGUUUUGGAUUCCCAGACACCGCCUACAUGAUACCAUUCAGAAUCGUUUGCUGAAAAAGAUUUCAGAAGUAUCCAUCAUGAUGCAGUGUGUAUUAGUUUCCCUGUUCACAUAGUUAUUCAGCUCUUUCCUAAGACGGGAUUAGCCUACAUCAGAUAUAGCAGAUGCUCUAUAACAAAAGACUGCAUAUUUUACUUCAUAUUCUAUUCCAACCCAAACAUAGACGUCUAUUUAUCAGUUAUGAUACUAAACAUACUGCUUUAUCAUCUACUCUCAGUAUAGUCUUUCAUAUAUGAACCACCAUAAUAACGACAUGAGAUCAUAUUUAUUGCCAUAUUCGAGAAACACUUAAAUGCAUUUACAAGAAAAUGUUUUGUAUAUUUUAUCUGAAGCACAUAACUAUAUAUCAGAGAGAAGUGUUGUCCCGAGAGAGAGAGAGGGAGAGAGAGACAGAGAGGGAGAGAGAGAGAGAGGGAGAGAAAGAGAGUGAGAGAGGGAGCAAGAGGGAGAGAGAGAGGGAGAGAGAGAGAAAAAGAGAGGCAGUAAAUGGAGACCUGCGCUCAGGUGAUGCGGCUCCUCCAGCAGGGCAGAAGGAGAGGAGGUGUCUUGUCCACGCGCUCCGCAUUCCUGCUUCUGCCCACGUCCGUCCUGCCCAUCGUACUGCCCCUGCCCAUUGAAGCAGUGCCCACUGCACUGGCUCCGCCCUGCUCCCCUGCCCA